CGCACUCAGCAACGCAACCUCUUAGCAGCCUCUGAAAAAAGCCUCUUCUCAAGUAAAGCUACAAGAUCAGUUCCCUCCACUACCUCUUUUCCCACCCAUUCCCCUCCAACACCACAUCCCAUUUCCAAAAUCUACCCCGCACUCUGCCCCAUCCCCACCAUGGCCAUACCCACUUUCUCCCCGCUCCAAAUCCUACAAUCCAAACCCUACGCCGUCAACUCCUCUCUAAUCUCUCUCGCUCUCAAACUCGCCCUCCUCUCCCAGAUCCCCACGGCCCGCCGCCUCAUUUCUCUCCUCAACAAGCACAGCCCUCUUCACCACGACCGCACCACCGCGCUCCGGCCUCUCUGGCUCUGCUGGGCCGCUACAGGCGCCUGGCCUGACGGUGAGCGCGAGAAAGCUGGCACAGACGAGGAGAUCGACGCGAUGGCGCGCAUGUGGGCGAAGGACUGGUGGUAUUGCGACUCUUAUGCCGUUGAGAUGACGAAUGAAUAUGGAUUUAAGCGGACGUUGGCGGAGUUGGACGAUCCAAAAAGGCCGGCCGUGGAAGAUGGGCGGCAUGUUUCGGACGAGGGGGGGUUGGUUAGGGCGUUGGAGUUCAGGUUUAGGAUGCAGCAGGAAGGUACGGGGGAGGGGGUGCCGAGCUUGGAAGAGACGUUGAAGGAGAGGCUUGGGGGUUACAAGCGGAGGCUGUUUGAGACGUUGGCGCAGUCGAGGUUGAUAUGGGAGGCUGCGAAGGAAGGGGUGGUCGCGAGGGCGAUGGGGGUGGAUGGGGAAGAGAUGGAAGCUCUUGGGAGGGUUGUUGAAGAGACGUUUGUGAAGCGGUAUGAGGAGGGGAUGGUAAGGCCGGUUGUGGGGAGUAUGGAGGAGAUGGUUAAGACGAUCGCAGAAAAUACCCAAAAGAGCGAGAAGGCUAAACAGGAGAUGCUGGAGCCUAUGUGGCAGGAGGAGGAGAAAACAUAUGAGCUAGUAACUCUUCUCCGCGAUCCAGCGUCCGAGGAUGCAAUAUCCUCACUCGAAGAAAGGCUGGGAGUCAAGCUGCCAGAAGAUUACAAGUCGUUUCUCCGAGUCACUAAUGGAUUUGGGGGGUUCUGGAAUGGCACAUACUUUGAUUCUUCGCUCUUCCCGGCAGACAAAGUCAGAUUCGACGACGACUAUGACUUCAUGGAAGAAACUGGCCUUGAUCUUCUUGAUUGCCAAAUUGAUUACUUCGUCGAUGACUUCGAUGCGUGGCCAAAGCUGGGGCGCGCGAUUCAUAUUGGGAGGGAGGACACGACCAUGGUGUUUUUGCUUCCUCCUGCGACGGUGGCGAAGGUUCGGGAUGCGUACCUUGCCAUUCUCGAAAGCGAAGAUUCGUCAGAGGGGCUGAAGAAAGAGAUCACAAAUGCGAUACGGUCAUUCUGUGGGGACGCUGAAGCAUUCAAGGAGUGUGAGUGGUGCGCAGCGGAGUCGAUGGGGGGGAUGGACAUGGAGUGUUUCCCGAGCUUCGGGGCCUACAUCGCGGAGAAGGUCAGGAUUAUUGAGCCUGAGAUGCUGGAAGACUGAGAAGGGGAUAAGUAUUUGAAGGGUCUCCGCAGAACAGAAAUCAGGUCUUUGGGUCGUGAAAAUCUUGCACUUCAACCAAGCUCGUCGAGUCACUCCCUUCUCUUCAACGUCCAAUUGCUCUCGCCGAUUCUGCGAGGUGUAGAUAGCGGCUUGAGGGACUACGAAGCUUGGUAGGCCCUUUGCCUGUCGAUUGUCAAUGCAGCCGCGUUUCGUCGC